AUGCCAGCUUAUCACUCCAAAUUUGACACCGAAAUCAAGGUUAUUCCAUUGGGAAACACCAACAUGGGCAAACUGCCGAUUCGGACCAAUUUCAAGGGACCAGCUCCGCAAACUACCCAAGAGGAUGUCAUCGACGAAGCGCUUGCUUAUUUCAAGCCAAACAUCUUCUUCCGCGAAUUCGAGAUCAAAGGACCCGCUGAUCGCACAAUGAUCUAUCUCAUUUUUUACAUUACCGAGUGUCUUCGCAAACUUCUCAAGAGCGCCAACAAGAUUGCUGGGCAGAAAGAUCUGUACGCGUUGGCUCUAUCUCACCAUCUCCCGAUUCCCGGAGAGAACGGAUUCCCACUUAACAGCAUGUUCAAGGCACCACCAACAAAGCAAGACGAAGACGAAAUGCGUGCAUAUCUUCAACAGAUUCGUCAAGAACUUGGAGCCCGUCUCUGCGAACUGGCGUUCCCGGAUCCACAUGCCGGUCCAACAAAGUGGUGGCUUUGCUUCGCUCGUCGUCGUUUCAUGGACAAGGGAUUGGUUCGCCAAGGAGUUGAGCUUUAA